AUGGCGUCUUUCAAGGAUGACAGUGAGGAAAUUGAUCUAUUGCCGGAUGAAAAUGUCUAUCCUUUCGGCCAUGACGCGUUAGACAAUCCAGCCAUAUACGACGAAGCGACUGAGGCUGGGGAGAUUGAAAAGUCGAAAAGUGACGAUGAUGACAGUGACAAUGAGGUAGGUUUUGGAUUUUUAUUGAGUAUAUUUGAAGGCGAGCGGGGGGUUAAGGCUUGGAGGAGGGUGGGGGAGGUUUGGGGUAGUGCGAUGAAGGUGUGGAGUAGGGCGAUGGAGCGUUAAAGAAGAUUCAAGGAAUCAAAUAUUGUUUUUGUUUACAGUAAUCUUUUUGUUAAGGUAACAUGAAGUUGUUUACGCUACGGUACUGUAGGAAUUGUACGGUAGGUUGCGGUGCGGCAAAAUACGGCAAGGCAGUUCAAGGUAACAUAGGGUACGGUAGAUAGGAUUGAGUUGGGUAGGUUAGAGUACGGUUGAUUAUUGUACGGCAGGGUAGAGUAAAAUAGUGUAGGGUAGAUUACGGUAAGGUAAGGCGGGACAAAGUAGAGCAGGUACAGUAGGACGCGGUAGAGUAGAAGACGGUAAGAUAGGGUUGGGUAGGGUAGGAUAGGGUAGGGUCAGGAGGGUAUGGUAUGGCACGGUACGGUACGGAAGGGAAUGCUUUAGCAAAGCAAGGCUAAUUUUAAAACUUGUUUAGCUAUCAGAUAUCAGUGAAGACUACAUCGACCGAACAUUAACUACUUCGAGAAGUCGUGGCUCCACUUUCUGGUACAGUCGCUUCAAAAUAGCGUUGAUGAAUCCGCAAAUGAAGAAGAUUGUCAUUACAAACACGGCCCUUUUUCUGAUUAUUGUAUUCUUGUUGAUCGUUCUGUUGUCUUUGUGUAUUGUGGCUAUCGUUUUUCAUUAUCAGGUAAGUUAUGACAUUUUUAGGAUGUAAAGAAAGUUCUUGCCAUUUUUUGUUUUGAAAAGAAAGUUUUUGUUAUUUUUUCUUAAAAUUUUCAUUUUAGGCUGUGGCUAAAAAACAGUCCAACGUUCCAUGUGUCUACGAAUGGGGCGAAUGGUCGCAAUGUAGUGCUACUUGUAAAGCAAAGGACAAAAAACUUCCGACCAAAUUUCGAAAAAUCGACCUGACUUCAGUCAUUAGAGCCAGAGGAAAGUUUCACGACAUUGCUCCGUGCCCGAAAUAUAUCAAGGACGAAAUUGUAAUGUUUUCAAUUUUGAAGGUUAGACCUAGAGCUCAGGGACAUCGGUUGGGGGGGGUGGGUCGGGGGUCACUCCCCCCCCAGAGCCGAUCCGAAAAAAAUUCUACAGGUACGUGAAAAAACACAAAAAUAAUUUUUGCAAAAUUGGUUCCAGGUACCAGUGGACAAAAAAAAAUUUUCGACCUCCCCCCCCCCCAGAGAGAAAAUCCGUAGCGACGUCCCUGCUAGAGCUUAGGCUUAGACUUGAGCUAAGGCUUGUCUGUGGGCUAGGGCUUGGUCUUAGGCUUACAAGGGAAGGCCACAACCUCACAGACUGGUUUCUUAAUGAAACAUUUAUCAUUUGAAAGAGCGCAAAGUUAUUUUAAAAACCGUUUUCAAUUUUUGCUAAACGGUAUUACAAACAAAGUUACAGGCGAUUUAAUUUGACUAUAUGUUUAUUGCGCAAUUUUUCCAUUCGAAUGCGAGCGAAAAGAAAGGAAGGAGAGAUGUGUACUUCAGUGGUGUAGCGGCAGUGCGCUCCAUCAUGAAGGAAGUCAGCGCAGGUUCGGUGCCUCUCUGUGGCGAAACUUUUUAGCAGCAACUGAUUAAAAUUUUAAAAUUAACGUUUUGUACCAUUUUUGAUACUUUAAAAUUUUUUUUAUUUUCAUUGUUUUUUCACUUUUUUAGAAAGUUUUAAAAAAUUAAGCAAAAACUUUGAACAUCAAAAAUGUUUGAUUUUUGCUUUGAGAACAUAAAUUGUUAGCGAAAAAUUGUUGUUACUAACUUUAACUUAUAAAACUAAAAAUAAAAAAAGGCUGACAUUGAAAUAGGUAUCUAGCCAAACUUUGAAAAAUGGUGUUACAAAAAAGAUUAUAAAAUUUUAAAAUUUUAAUUAGUUGCUGUAAAAAGUCUUGCCACAGAGAGGCACCGAACCUGCGCUGACUUCCUUCAUGAUGGAGCGCACUGCCGCUACACCACUGAAGUACACGUCUCUCCUUCCUUUCUCUUCGCUCGCAUUCGAAUGGAAAAAUUGCGCAAUAAACAUAUAGUAAAAUUAAAUCGCCUGUAACUUUGUUUGUAAUACCGUUUAGCAAAAAUUGAAAAUGGUUUUUAAGAUAACUUUUUGCGCUCUUUCAAAUGAUAAAUGUUUCAUUAAGAAACCAGUCUGUGAGGUUGUGGCCUUCCCUUGUCAGAAUUAGGCUUAGGGUAGGUUUAGGUUUAGGCUUAGGCUUAGGCUUAGGCUUAGGAUUAGGAUUAGGCUUAGGCUUAGGCUUAGGCUUAGGCUUAGGCUUAGGCUUAGGCUCAAUCUCAGGGUGGGACUUAAUAAACGAUUAUUUAGGCAAGUACAACACAUUAGCGUGGGUCAAAGGAUUAAACCUAGAUUAGGGACAAAUCUUAACCUUGAUUUUAGUUUUAUUUUUACACUUAGGUUGAGAAGUAAGUUUUGGCUGGGACUUAUUAAGCGGUUAAGCUCUGACGAGAGUUAUGGUUAGGGCUUAAACCAAGACUUAAGUUAAGGCUUAUAUUAAGGCUCAGGCUACGGCUAGAGCAUAAAAAUGAUAAAUAAUUUUUCAAAGUUUUAGGAAACAGCACCAUGCAAUACUCAUUUGUGUCCGGUCAAAUUGUCCACAUUUCCUUACUCUGAAACUUGUUAUGACAAGCUUAUAGAUGGUACACAUCAUCAAGUGCAAGUACGAAUGAUUGGGCAAACGGAUCAAUUGGUAUGAUUUUUUAAAUAAAAAAAUUUUUUUUGCGCAGAAAUUUAAUAUUUAAAAAUUUUUUUAUUUUAAAUGAAUUUAUAUUUCAUUUUCAGAUUGAAGUAGACGGAGAGGUGUACAAAAAAUGCUCCAAGGAUGUCAUCUAA